UGUGAUUCCAUGUUGCGCAGUUGACUUCGUGGAACCUUGCGCCCGGCUACAGAGUAUCAACAAUAACGAGCAUAGUCAAAUUACGAGAAAAUACCUUAUCAGAUCAUGCUUAGUGCAGCACGGGCAUUUAGGCAGGUAAUCAGAGGUGUUUCGACUUCAGCUACAAGCAUGGGAUCCUUGCGAAUUGCAGUUAUAGGCCAGUCAAACUUUGGUGCAGAAGUGUAUAAAUCAUUGCGAACCAAAGGGCACGAAAUUGUUGGGGUUUUUACGAUCCCUGAUGUUCAAGGCAAAGCCGAUCCAUUGGCUCAAGAAGCUGAGAAAGAUGGGGUUGCCGUGUUCAAGUUUCCACGUUGGCAACAGAAAAAGGUCGCAAUACCCGAGGUGGUUGAGAAGUACAAGAAUGUGAAUGCAGAAUUAAACGUGAUGCCGUUUUGUUCACAGUUUAUUCCUAUGGAUGUGAUAAAUCACCCUGAGAAGGGCUCAAUUGUUUAUCAUCCAUCAAUUCUUCCACGACAUCGAGGAGCUUCUGCUAUCAACUGGACACUGAUGGAAGGUGAUUCAAAAGGUGGUUUUACAAUUUUCUAUGCUGAUGAUGGCUUGGAUACAGGACCCGUUCUGUUGCAGAAGGUUGUUGAUAUUGAUCCAAAUGAGACAGUUGACACCAUCUACAACCGCUUCUUGUAUCCAGAAGGAAUCAAAGGAAUGGUUGAGGCAGUGGAGCUUAUAGCAAACGACUGUGCUCCAAAAGUUACUCAGCCAAAAGAGGGUGCAACAUAUGAUAAAAUCUGGAAAAAGAAACAAGUGGCAGAGAUACCUUGGCAAAGGACUGGUUGGGAACUGCACAACUUUAUCAGAGGCAAUGAUAAGCUUCCUGGUGCUUGGUCAAUGAUCAAUGGUGAACAAGUCAGCUUUUUUGGCUCAUCGAUGUACUACAAAGAUCUCCCAAGAAAGGCAACUGAAGUUGUUAUAGAAGGAUUGGAAAAACCAGCUCUUGUUCACAAAGAUGGCAUGAUUAUCACUGGUACUGAUGGGCAAAUGAUUAAUGUAAAAACACUUCAGCUUGGUAGUGGAAAGAUGAUUCCAGCCUCUAAAUUUGGUAGUACAGAUGACAGUCAAGAAGAGCUUGUACUUAAUGAUGAGGAGAAGGAGUUAGAGAAGAAAAUUUUUAAAAUUUGGGGUGGAAUUCUGAAUUCAUCUGAACUGGAAGGAUCUGUAGAUUUCUUCAAAGCCGGAGCAGGUUCUAUGGAUGUUGCCAGAUUAGUGGAGGAAGUGAAAUCAAAUUGUGCUGUCGAAUUGGAGAACGAGGAAGUGUACAUGAACACAGUCCUUUCAGAUUUCGUUCGCCAUACAAUUUUGCGAUCCAGAGGUUUUGGAAAGGAAGAAUUCAAGUGCGAUACUAUUGAUCUGGAAGUUAACAACAUGACUGUGAAAAUGCCAUACCAGUUAUUUAUUGAUGGUGAAAUGGUAAAUGCAAAAUCUGGAAGGACUUUCGAAACAAUCAACCCCACUGAUGAGACGGUUUUGGCCAGCGUUGCUCUUGGUGGCAAGGACGAUGUGGAUGAUGCUGUUGCAGCAGCCAAGGAAGCAUUCUACGGGGACUGGGGCAAAAUGAAUGCACGUGAUCGCGGUGCCCUGAUGUACAAAUUAGCAGAUCUGAUGGACGAACACCGAGAAGAACUCGCCACUAUCGAGUCUUUGGAUUCAGGAGCUGUUUACACCCUGGCACUGAAAACCCACAUUGGCAUGUCCAUUGAUACCUUAAGAUACUUUGCUGGGUGGGCUGACAAGAUUCAGGGUGGCACUAUUCCAAUCAACCAUGCCAGACCGAAUAAGAAUCUUUGUCUCACAAAGAAAGAGCCAAUUGGUGUUUGUGGUUUGAUUGUGCCAUGGAAUUACCCCCUGAUGAUGUUGGCAUGGAAAAUGGGACCACUUCUUGCAACUGGAAAUACAGUAGUUUUGAAACCAGCUCAGGUGACACCAAUGACGGCUUUGAAAUUUGCAGAACUGGCUGCCAAGGCCGGAUUCCCCAAAGGUACCAUCAACAUUGUACCAGGAUCUGGAUCAGUUGUGGGACAGAGAAUCUGUGACCAUCCUGAUAUUAGGAAGGUUGGAUUCACAGGAUCCACGCCAAUUGGAGCAGGAAUCAUGAAGAGCGCUGCUGAAAGCAACGUGAAGCGAGUAUCCCUUGAGCUCGGUGGCAAAUCACCGUUGAUCAUUUUUAGAGAUUGUGACAUGGAGAAGGCUGUCAGACAGGGAAUGUAUGCAUGCAUGUUUAACAAGGGAGAAAACUGCAUUGCUGCAGGUCGAUUGUUUAUUGAGGAAUCUAUUCAUGAUGAGUUUGUCGAGAAUGUUAUUGCCGAAAUAAAGAAAAUGAAGAUAGGAGAUCCUCUUGAUCGAUCCACCGAUCACGGACCACAAAACCACAAGGCCCAUCUCGAAUCGCUGCUUCAUUACGUGGAGGCUGGCGUAAAAGAGGGCGCGAAAUUGGUGUACGGAGGAAAGAGGGUGGACAGAAAAGGUUUCUUCAUGGAGCCAGCCGUGUUCACUGACGUCACAGACGACAUGUUCAUCGCUAAAGAAGAAUCAUUUGGUCCCGUUAUGAUCAUCUCCAAGUUCCGUGAUAACGAUGUUGAUGGUGUCCUUGCGAGUGCAAACAAAACCGAAUAUGGUCUGGCAUCAGGAGUUUUCACUAAUGACAUGAGCAAGGCAUUACGAGUCGCUGAUGGUCUUGAGGCAGGAACCUGUUUUAUCAACACGUACAACAAGACUGACGUUGCCGCACCAUUUGGUGGCUUCAAGCAGUCAGGUUUUGGAAAAGAUCUUGGAAUGGAAGCUCUGAAUGAAUACCUGAAGACAAAAGUUAUCACAAUAGAAUAUUGAACAACUAAAAACUGUGCUUGAAGUUAAGAUUACUUGCUAAGGCUCAAAGUACAAAGCCUAAUGUAUGAUGUUAAGUCUCGUUUUUGAUAGUGGAAAGGAACAAAUUGACUGAUCAUUUUUUUAAUUUUACCUCACUCGAGUUUUACACUGGUGGUUCACUUCGCUUAUUGGAAGAGAAAAAGUGCAGUUUAAAGCUGCAGGAUGAGAUGACAUCAGUUUGAAACUCUUGUAUUUAUUUACAUGACACCCUUAAAAGCAUUUAAAAGCCAAAAAUUGUCGAUGAGAAAUUCCUUCUACUGUCAUCGUGGAAGUUUCUAUUUGGUAACAAUUCUGUUUUUAGUUUUUAUUUUAUUAGUACAUUGUCAACUAAUUUGAUUCUUUCCCUCUAUUAAAUUCAACUCUGGUUGCGUCUUUCAGAUCCGUGAUUAUUUCGAUUUUUCAAAAUUGUUUUGAUUUAACCUCAACAUGCUCUCGUAUGAUCAGCAUUGUGAUCAAUCCUCAAGUUUCGCAUAUACAUCACAAAACAAAUAAAUUAGGUCUGAAUGCAGUUCUGUUACAAAAAUAAAUUUAAAAAAGUAUCAGUAAAAUCCUGUCUUUUUCUUAGAAAUUGAAAAUUUAGUUUCUAAUUGAAAAAAAACUUUUUUAUUAUAUUUUUGUAUGACCAUAGAUAUUUUUGUAACAUUGUUCCCUUCAUCUGGAACGCCGCCCCUAGAAUUUCCUCAAAGAGUAACUGCUGGAAGCGAGAGUUUGUUGGGGAAUAACCUACGAUUUUAAAUCGUAUUGAAUUAAACGAAAUCCGUGUAAUGUUGCAUUCCAUAUGUCCGUGCUCACGUGUGCGUCA